AUGCUCUCGCGGGCAGCUUACAGAACGGCGCUGAGGGGCGCUCAGCGCUUCUCUACCGCCAAAGCACCCGCGACCGCAAACGCCCGCACCUUUGCGACGAAGAUUCCCACGCGCCCACGCCUGCCUCCGCUGUCGCCGUCGUCACGCCUCGGUCGCCGCAAUGGAUCGACUAUCGAAGGAGCCAAGAUUCUCUUCAGGAGACACCCAAUUUCGAUGACUAUAGUGACAGCAGUCAUUUUGUUCGGCUUCGGUACCCUCCUCUACGCGCCAUAUGUCUACCACUACUACAUCGUUGGCGCAUUCCACAACUUUCCGGAACCGGUCGCAAAGAAGCUUCGCCGCGCCCUAUACUUUAGUCAGGAGAGGUCUCUGGACCCAAAGCUAGCGAUCAAGUAUUACCGCGAAGCUUUGGCCGCGGCGGAUGAGGAGGGCAUGGACCCGUUCAGCAACGAGGUUCUCGGCAUCAAGUUCUCGCUUGCUCAGCUGUUUGAGCAGCUUCAAAACUACCAACGAGCCAUUGAUAUCUUGGAGAUUGUGAGGAGGGACUGUCUGAGAUGGGUCGACGAGCUUGGUGACAAGCAUUGGAACGACGGCAAGAGAACAAGAGUGCUGGGCAAGACGAUUGGCAUCAGCGUCAAACUCGGCGAUUUGUACUCGAACCCGUACAUUAAAGAGAUCGAGAAGGCGGAAGAGAAACUCGUCUGGGCUGUUGAGACUGUUCUCAAGGAGAAGAUGAGACGCGAGAAGGAGGGCGUGAAGGAGGGUGAGGGUGACUGGAUCACCGAUCAAGAGAUGGGUGCAUCGAUGGAAGCACUUGCACACCACUAUGAAUCGAUGAACCAGCACUAUCUCGCUACUCCUUUGUUCCUCCAGGCGCUUACUUUUGCUGACCCCAAGUCAUGUCACGCUGCCACGCUCAUGAACAACAUCGCCAUAUCAAUCUCACAGCAGCGUCUGCCUCCUGGCUGGGGUACGCCUCAAAACAACAUUUCCGCUCCCAACUCGCCCACAAACCCCUCCACGCCUGAACCGCUCCACACUCUACCGCCGGUGACCGAGCAAGCUCGCCAGUGGGCUACUAAAGCUGUAAAUCUUGCAUCUGUCAUUGCUCCCCCGGAGCGUAAUGAAGAGUGUGAUCUCGCAUGCGCAGUUGCCACGCACAACCUUGGCGAAUUUGCAGAGAUGGAAGGCAGGAUUUCAGAGGCUCGGAGAAGAUACACCGAAGCAUCCAGCUUGGCAAAGGCCAUCGGCUUUGAUGAGGGGUACCAGAAUUCUGAGAAGGGUAUCAAGAGGCUGGAAGGAAAAGAAGACAAAUAG